CGCAUGCGCACAAACGGAGAUUAUUAUGAGACGGAUGGCAGAAACGACUGAUGAUGAUGAUGCUGCGCGGAUCAAACGACAGCCGCUAUGAAACCUGAAGCAUCGGCAUGAGUAUUGAGACCUGAUAGAAGAAGAAUGAGACCGCAGUUCGUAGAUAAACAAUGGGAGCAGGGAAAGCGGAUGGCGAUCUAUGGGCUGGCUUUCCUCAUCAUGACCCUCCUCAUCCUGUACAGCUCAAACAGCACCGCCGAUCUCUACAGCCCCUUCAGAGACUCGCAUGACGUCCACCGCACCGUCCACAACACCAACCUCAAGAAAUGGGCCGGAAAGGACGGAUACGUGCCUGUUUACGGCAACAAGAGCAUGAAUCUGCGCUGCCGUCAGUGUGCGCUGGUGACCAGCUCCAGUCACGUUUUGGGGACUCGCGCAGGAGACGAGAUCGACCGUAACGAGUGUGUCAUCCGCAUGAACGACGCCCCCACCAGCGGUUACGAAUCGGACGUGGGGAACCGAACCAGCGUGCGCGUCGUGGCUCAUUCCAGCGUGUUCCGGGUGGUCCGGAAACCGGCGGAGUUCCUCAAUCGCUCGGAGAACGCCGCCGUUAUAUUCUGGGGUCCGGCUUCAAAGAUCGGACGGGCCGCAAAGGGAACUCUGUACCGUCUGAUCCAGAGAGUCAGUAUGACCUACAGUAACCUUUCCUUCUUCAUCAUCUCUCCCAACAAAAUGCAGAAGUUUGACAAACUCUUUCAGAAAGAGACCGGCCGAGACAGAAAAAAGUCUCAGUCUUGGUUAAGCACAGGGUGGUUCACUAUGGUGAUUGCGAUAGAGAUGUGUGACAACGUCAAGAUUUAUGGGAUGGUACCGCCCAACCACUGCGGGAGACUUCCACAGCCCAAACGCAUGCCUUAUCACUACUACAAACCCAGAGGUCCAGACGAGUGCUUGACGUACCUGCAGAACGAGAGAGGCCGGCGUGGAUCACAUCAUCGCUUCAUCACUGAGAAACAAGUGUUUGCACGCUGGGCCAAGCUGUACAACAUCACCUACGCCUACCCCACAUGGUGAGCAACCGACACCAACUUCACAGAUCAAGACAGAACGAUCCAGUCCCAUAUUCAGCUCAGAGGUUCCCACACGGUCACAUCUGAACUCGAUGACCCGCCCUUUCACACGUGUGUUGCCCGAAGAUUUGAGCGAAAUGGAGAUCAUUCUCAUAUCCACGGGUGGACAGUCUCUGUUUUCUUUUGGAAUUCUCAGGAAAACAGAUGUGAACAGACGAUGGAACGUUUAUCCAGUUUUGUCUUAAGCAUGUUCCUAAAACAUCGACGUAUUACUGCCGUACGGUUCUCUUACUUCCCUUUCUCGACUCUCGCUUAUAAUCCAUCGUUUUACAGCGAACAGAGGCCUUUUAGGACAAGAAAGACUAGAACUUUGUCUCGUUUGCCAAAAGGUAGAUUCAUUUACAUUGUGCUACAAUCCGAAUGUCAUUUAAAGAGACCAGACGUUCAGAAAACAAUUCAAUUAAAAAUAUAAUUGUUUUAUUUUGUAAAUAAAAAGGAUGUACAUUGUUAUUUAAAAUGUAUUUUUACAUGUUUAUAUGGUGCCCUAAACGAAAACAGAUUACUAGAAACUAACAACACGUUUUUAGAUCCAACUAAAUCUGGAGUCAUUUAAAUGACAUUUUCAGAUUAACAACACACUUUCUGAAAUCUUUACCAACAAUCCGGUAUUCGUUUGCUCGGACCUUUAUGACAUCCUUCAGACUCAUAUUAAGAACAGAUCAAAUCUCCACUUCAUAUCUAGAACAUUAAAAAGUCCACGAACUCAAUGAUCACAGCCUUCAUUCAGCCAUAAACACAGUUUACAAUCUCCUGGUUUAUUCUGACCGACACUGUCAAGAACACAAUCAGCUCAUAAGUCACCUUUAGAGGUAAAAUACACCGAGAAAUAAUAUUUCUGUCAUCAUUUAUUCAUCCUCGUGUGGUUGUAAAUCUGUAUGUGAGUCUUUCUUCAGUGGAACACAAAAGAAGAUAUUUUGAGAAAUGUGUCUGUGGUUUUGUGUUCAUACAAUGGAAGUCAAUGGGGUUCAAUGUUGUUUGGUUACCAUCAUUCUUCAAAAUAUCUUCUUUUGUGUCCUGUAGAAAAAAGAAUGUCAAACAGGUUUGAAAUGAUAUGAUGAUGAGCAAAUAAUGAAAGAAUGAUCUCAUUUUUUGGGUGAAAUCAAAAAAAGAAAAUAUUUAAUGUCUUCUUCAGUUUGUUUUCUUUUCAAUCUGGGAUUUGAAUGUGACAUUUUUUACACCAAAAAUCACAGACAUACUGUGUUAAACAUGUGUGAACGUGUAGAGGCCUCUAGAUUUAUAAUGAUAUCUUUACAACAUGCUGUUUUAAUGUUAUUGAUAAACUCCUUUGGCUAAUAGCUGUUAGUACACAAACACACACACUUUUAAAUAUCAUGCUAUAAACUCGCUUCUGUUAACAAGUGAGAUGCCCUGCUCUCAUUGGACGAUGCUGCGUGUGGCACUGUGCUUUCAUUGGAGAAUUCGGUUGAGGUCUGUGCUGCUUUGGAUGUGUUUUGCCUUUGACCUGUAUAUCACCCGUCUGGUGCUCAGAUCACUCACAGCACACGGGUCAGUUUACUUUAUUUACUGAAUUUUACAUCAGACUUUCAUAUUCAAGGACGUGUACAAUGUGCUUAAGUCGAGCGAUUUUAAAGGAUUUAUUUACCUUCAUAUGGUUGAAACCUGUAUGUGACUCUUUCUUCAGCGGAACGCAAAAGAAGAUAUUUUUUAAAAUGUCUCAGUGGUUUUGUGUCAAUGUUUUUUAAUGAUCAACGCUCUUUAAAAAAUCGACUUUUGUGUUCUGUAGAAGAAGGAACAGGUUUAGAAUGAUACGAGUGUGAAUAAAUGAUGACGCCAUCAAUCGGACUAAAAUCUCAUUUUUGUUUUUUAUGGAGAAUUCGCGUCGGUCUGUGUUUUUAUGGAUAGUAGUAGGCAUUCAGACUGCUUUAUUUAACCAUCACGACAGAUCACCGUGUGCACGACCGCAGAUUUGUGGGCAGUGUGAACAAUCCCUGUUAUGUUUGUUCAUUUAACCGUUUAAUAUCAAGCAUAAUGCUGGGUGUUGAUAUGAUUUAUUUGUAAGAUUUGACGGUGUUCAGGUCUGAGGAGUGAGCAGUAUUGGGGAAUGUAUUAUUACUCUUGACUGCAUUGAUAUGACAGUAUGAACUGUUUGGCUGUGCUCGUGUCAUGAUGAAUGUUCUUUAUAUGCCUGUCUUAAAAGAAAAUAUACAUUUGAAACCAGACU